AUAAUUAUAUUAUUAUAAAUUUUAUAAAUAAAAUAAACAAAUAUAGAUGAUAAAUAAUCUGGCUAUAUAGCAGUUAAAUUAAUAAAAAUAAUACUAAAAUGUUCCUGUAAAUGGAACAGCUAACGAAUUAGCUCCAAAUUCUUAAGUAGAAUAAUAAAGUUAAUCUUCAGUAAUUUCAUAACCUAUCCAAAAUAACCCAAUCGAACUAAACUAGUCUUCUGGAAUGACUAAAAAGAAGAAAAUAAUUAUAAUUGUUUCUGUAUCUGUCGCAGUUUUUAUAGUAUUAGGAACUGUUUUUGGAUUAGUUUUAUCUUAAAAAUAAGAGGAUAAUUCUUAAAUUAAGAUUCCUGCAAACUACUCAAAAUACGAGGCUACAAUAAACAAUGGACAAUAAGACAAUAUUGUAAAAUUAAUACAUGUUCCCAAAUCUCUACUUCUAUAUUAAUAUAAACUACAAACUACAUAACAUCUAACUUUAAAAUAAAAACCAUAAGAAACUAGCAUUAGUACAGUUAUUCAUGAUGUAGGACUUUUAUGUAAUAAUGUAAAUGAUAGUCAUUUCGAGAUGUAUCUUUAUAUAAUUAAGACUAAGAUUUAUUCCAAAGAUUAACUUUUGUCUGAAGUCGAAGGAUAUCCAGGAAUGAUUGAAGAACCUCCUAAAGAUAAUAUUAGAACUAAUACUGAUAAACCUGAUUAACAAGAUUAAUAAGAAUAAUAAGAAUAAUAAGACCCUAAUAAAUCAUUUUACGAAAAAUUUUAAAUGAAUAUAGCAAAUUAAAUGAAUAAGAAAUUAAAAUUUUAGAAAGUGCAGGUGUAUAAUCUUCUUAAUUCUAAUAAAGUAAUAUUCCUAUAAUUAAAUUCAAUCUUAAUAAAAAUGGCGUUAUCGAUUCUUUAGAACUCCCUGUAAACCUCAGAUAAGACAUUGGUUAAAUUAUAUUGAAUAUGCUUUAAUAAAUGGCUCCUAAAGUAUCUACUGAUCUCUAUAAUAUCAAUGUAUAAGGAAAAAAUGGAAAAAGAGUACUUUUAUAAUAAAAAAAGAGAGUUUUAAAUGAAAGAAAUCUAGCUGGAGACUAAGUUACAACUGAAUAUGAAGCUUCUUUAAUGGAUAAUAAAUAAACAAGUCUUAGUACUUAAUAUUAAAUCUCAAAAGUCAACGAAAACUAAACUGAAGAAUAAACUCUUUAUAUGUAAAAAUUACUUAUGGAAGUAGGAGGAAUUUUAUAGUCUUAAGUAAGCUCAAUAAUUAAAAUGUAAGACAAUAAUGAAGGAGAAGAGAAUUUUUUCAAAACAAUCGAAAUACACUAAGAGGUUACGCUUACUUUUUCUUCUCAAUAAGAAGAAGUCACUGAAGAGUUUUUAAAGAAAAUUACAGAAACUCAAUCAAAUAUGACUAAAUUUAAACUUACAUUCGAAUAGGCUGUUUAGAUAUAUCAGUAAAUCUUCAAAAUAAAUAAAGUUGAAAUUCCUAAAGAAUUAAAAUAAUAAAGAGCUUUAAUGAAAAAAAAUGAAGACUAAGUUUAGGUCGGUUAGACUGUUAAAUAGAAAAUAUUUAGAUAAAAUAUCAAUUUAGCAGAAAUUGGACUCGAUAUUUCAAGUUCUUGCAGUUAGUCAAAAAAUAUUAAUGGUGAAGAUACUUGUAAUUUCGGGUUAAUAGGUACUUUCAAUGGUAAUUAAGUGGAUUUAUUCAACAAAUAAAUAAAUUUUAGUGCCUCGAAGCUAUUUAAAUUAUACUAGAUGAUGGUUAAGUUAAUGUAAAUAGAUGCUGGCAAAAUAAAUGAUCUUAUAAAGGCCAAAUUAGACAAUAUAAGAUAAUCCUUAAAAAAAAUUUUAGAAUAAAUAGUUGAAUUAAUCAAUUUCUAAAAAAAUCCAAUUUUAGUAGAAACUUCAUAAAAAAUAUAAAUAGAUUAACAAGAAAUUGCAACAUAAAUGAACGAAUUUGAAGAAUCUUUAUUAUAAAUAAUUGAAAAUUUAAAACAAAUUAUGGAAAAGCCUAUUGAAAAUUUGAAGGAGAAAUUUUAGAAGUUUUUGGAAACUAAGGAAGCAAAAAUAAAUAAAUUUGUACAGAAAAUACAUGACUUUAUGGAUAAAAAUCUAGAUAUUUUAUUAAAAAACCUUAAUGAAUAAAGCCAGGCUAGCACUAGCUAAAAUUAAAUAAAAAAAAUAUAAGAUAUAUUAGAAAAAUUGAAUUAAGAAGUUAAAGAAUUAUUCGAUUAAGAAUUUUAAUCUUACUAAUAGUAAUUUGAAGACAGUAUAAAUAAGGCUAAAGACGAUUUUUUGGGAAUAAAGGAAACAUUUAAUUAACUUAAGUCCUAAUUUGAUGAUGAAUAGAAAAUUUCUAUAGUAGAGAAAUUAAAUGAUUUCAUUAUUUCGGCUGGUUUUACUGAUAAUUUAUAGAAAAUCAUAAAUUAUGCAAUUUCUAAUAUUUCUAAAAGCUAAAAUACAUCAGAAGCUCUAUCUGCAUCAGUGAUAUAAUAAUACGAGCCUAAAAUUAAUAUGAUUAAGGAAAAAUUAAAAUAAUUAUAAGAAAUUGAGAAUAUUCCUUAAGACAUUUAACAAUAAAGCGAAGCGUAGAAAAUUGCAGAAUUAAUAGCAAAAAUAAAAGAAUAAAUCAAAUUGUAAGAAUAAGAAGAAAUCUAAUAAUUUAAAAAUGAACUUGAGUAACUUAUUUCAUCAAUCAAAUAAUAAUUAAGUUAGGAGAUUAAAGAUUCUAUGUCACCAAACAUUGUUAAACUUGGUAAUAUUCCAAAUGAGUUAGUUAAUGUUUCAUUGGAAAAAGCAGGUAAAGUAGCACUUUAAAUAAAGAACAUAUUAGAGGAAGUGUAAGGAAAAGUAGUCGAAUUUACCUAAUAGUUGGAUUAAAACACUACUAUUACAGAAGAUGAUGUCAGAUAAUUAUUUGAGGAUUUAAAAGAAUAAAUUUAAAAUUUUUAGAGUACUGAAGAUGGGUAAUUAUUGGAUAUUAAUAUGUAUAAUAAUGUGGAUAACAUAUUUACUAGUAUAUAGUCUCUAAUUUAAUCUAAUUUAAAUGAAGGAAAUGAAAAUGGUCAAGCUAUUAUGGAAUAAAUCAAGUCACUAAAUGAAGUUCCUUAGAAAAUAACUGAUUUUUAUAAAAAUUUGUAAGAUUUAUAAUUGUCUGCUUUUACUUAUUUUUAGAAAUCCAAUAAUAAAUUCAAAAACAUUAAUUAAGAAGGACUUUAAUUAUAUAAUCAAAUAAGCAGUUAAUUUAAGGCAGCCUAGACUAAUUUUGAGAAUAGUAACUAAAGACUUCUUUAAUAAUUAGAAGGAUAAGAUUAAUAAGCCUAACUUUAAAUGUUAUAAGAUUAAACUCAAGGAGUUUUUUCAAAAAUAAUUCUAUUUGACGAUACUUUAAAAGAUCAAGGAAAAAAUACUAAAGCCCUCUUUUUCUAAAAAUUAUAAGAAAUAGCCUCCACAUUAGAAUUCUAAAAAUAAGAAAAUAUAUCGAGUUUUGAAAUUCCCUUAUCUUUUACCCAAUCAUAUGUUACUCCUAUUGGAAUUACCAUAAACUUACAAGCAUAAAUUAAUUUGAUUAACUAAAUAACCUUUAUGGUAGAAUAUAAGAAAGGCAUAUUGAAUUUAACCACUACUCUAUCGUCUAAAAUUAAGAUUAAAAGUAGUGUUUCAGGUUAAACCCAUAUAGCAGAGGUUGGAGGAUUCCUAUAAGGGACUAUUUUUGAUGGUUUUUUGACUUAAAAUUUAUAAUUGAAUGUCAUGAAUAGAUUCAAAGGUAAUUUGUCAAUUCACUCUUAAUUAAACGCGUCUACUUUAAAACUAGGAUUUUAUUAGACCGAUUUUAUUAUUAAGGAAUCUUUCUAAUGCAUAACUAAUGCUACUUUGGUUAAGGAUACAAAAGAAGGAACAAAAGAAGGAACAAAAGAAGAUGAUCCGAAAAAAAGAUUGUUAGAGUAAGCAGGAUAGUAGCAUAUAAAAACUAAUGUAAAUUCAGUUUUGGCUGUUUUAGAAUUAUGGAUAUAAAAAGCGACUGAAUAAUUAAAAAUAGCAUUAGAUUUGGCGAAGAGUGAGCAAUAAAAAUUUGAUUAAUAGGCGAAAUAAUUGAAUUAAGAAGCAGACGAAAAAACUAAAUAGGCAGCUUAGGAUGCAUCUAACGAUAAAAUAUAAUAAUAAGCUGAAAGUGCUAAGUAAUUAGCAACAUAGGCUUAAGCAAAUGCUGAUUAGGCAGCUACUAAAGUAGAGUAGGCAACUAAGGAUUAUGCAGAUGCAACUUAAAAAGCUAUGUAAGAUUGUUAAAAGGAUAAAUAAUGCGGAAUUGAAAUAAAAGAUUUAAGUGAAGUAUUAAAAUGCUAAAGAUAAUUAUUCCUUUAACCAAAAAAAUUAAUACUAUUGAUGAAAUAGAAUUAUAAAAUAAAGGUACGGAAAAUAAAAAAUUAUAAGAAAUAGUAAUAUAAGGAUAUUGAAAUAAUAUUUUUAUAUAUAAAUAUUAUUUUAUUUAUUUAUAUAUAUAAAUAUAUAUAAAUAUAUAUAAAUAUAUAUAUAUAAAUAAAUAUAUGUAUUAAUAUAUAAAUUUAUAAUUAUUAUAAAUUAUAAAAA